AUCAACUUGCCAAAAAAAUGUUUAAUCUGUUCUUGGCAUUGUUAGCUUAAACAUCGUAUUUAGUUUGGUAGUUAGUCUUGCAAUGAAAUAUACUGUUUUUAUUUUUAUAUUUGGUCUUUUGGCCAAAAACUCAGUGAGUUUGGAGUAUCUUACAGAAAAACCGGAUUACCUUGGAGAAGCUUGCAGUAUUAAAAAUCCAGAAUUCAGCAAGUGUUCGAUAGUUAAUUUACAAAAUGUAUUUGACCAAUUGCGAGAAGGUAUUCCUGGACUUAAAACCCUACCUAAAACCGAUCCUUACUACAUUAAAAAGGUAAAGCUUAUACAAAACAAUGAUGCAGCAAAGUUUGAUAUUGAGUUAGCAAAUCUAACAGCAGUCGGAUUUGGUAAAGCUGUUAUUAAAGAAAACCUUGUUGACGAAAAAGACUACAGUUGGAAGACCAAAUUCUUCUUGCCCAAACUUCGUAUUGAUGGUGAUUACAAGGUAAAUGGAAGACUACUAGCACUGACAUUGAAGGGUGCAGGAGGUUUUUUCAUUGAAUUAGAAAAAGCUGAUUUUAAAAUGUUAACCAAAGUUGUACUUUAUGAAAAAGCUGGAAAUACAUUUGGGAAUGUAAGUCAUUGUAAGGUGGAUUUUAAAAUUGGCGGUCUUAAAUUGAGGUUAGACAACUUGUUCAAUGGGCAAACUGAAUUAGAGGAAAGUAUGAACAAUUUAUUGAACGAAAAUUGGAUGGACUUCGUUGAAGCAAUGCGACCUGCUCUAAAUCAAAUGGUAGAAGGGAUUUUGGUUGAUAAUAUGAGAAAAAUUUUCCACUUUAUACCGGCGAAAUAUUUUAUUUCUGAUAUCCCAACAUCGAAGCAGUUAUACGGAUGAUUCAUGAUGGAUAAUAAAAAUAAAAUCAAUUA